AUGGACAAGUUUAGAGCACGUCUUUCUAGCCAUGAACCUGGAAAGCCAAUCAUUCCAGAUAGUGAAAGGUUCAAGACCUGUGUGUAUUUCACUAAUUGGGCCGUCUACGGGAAAAAGCAUUUUCCCUCAGAUAUUCCGUACGAGUACUACACCCACAUAUUCUACGCGUUUUUAGCGAUCGACACCGAGACAGGGGAACUCAAAUUCACUGAUGAAUGGUGCGAUUUGCAAUUGGAGCAGAAGUCUUUGGUCCCGGGCAAAGAAAAAAUCGUUGGCAACCUAGAGCUGCUACGGCAGUUGAAGCGAAUAAGCGGAAGGCUAAAGGUGGUGAUGUCCAUUGGUGGCUGGGGCACGUCUCAUCAAUUCGAAGCAAUCACGAGCAGUGACUGCAAACUUCAACGGUUUGUUGAUAGCGUCGUGGCAUUUGUGGGGAAACAUGGAUUUGAUGGUGUUGACAUUGACUGGGAAUAUCCGAAAAACCCACAGGAGAGCAAUGCGUUUGCACGCAUGAUAAAGGGUAUUAGACAGGCACUUCCGCUACAUUAUUCCCUCUCGAUCGCUGCGCCCGCUGGGAAGGAACAUAUGCAGUAUAUUCCGUUCAAAGACGUGGACCAGUAUAUUUCAUUUUACAAUUUGAUGGCGUACGAUUUCGCAGGGCAGGGCUGGUCGGCCAAGACGGGAUAUCAUUCGAACCUAUUUGGCAACAACGGCGAUAAUGACCUUUGCGCCCACGAUGUGGUUCAAACUUACUUGCAAAAGGGAAUCUCGGCCAAAAAAUUGAUCUUGGGAAUGCCAAUGUAUGGCAGGAUCUUUUCCGGUGUUGACGCCUGUGGCGUUGGACAAAGUUUCCAAAAGCUGGGCCUGGAAGAUACCGUAAACUACAACAAGAUUGAGGAGAACAUGGAUUGCCACUUUGACUCGCGAAAAGUCGCUGCGUUUGCUUACAACGCAGCAACGAAGGAACUUACAACUUUUGACAAUGCGCAAAGUGCCAAAAUCAAGGGAAGCUACGUGCGGCUGAAUGGUCUAGGCGGAGGAAUGUGGUGGGAUUCUUCAGGAGACAAACCAAUUACAAGUGAGAAGGGGGACUCGCUGUCAUUGGUGUAUAACUUUGUUGAACAGCUAGGCGGAACAUCUGCCUUGGAGUAG